UUCAACAAUAGUCUGUUUCAUACGCAGAGCCUCGUUAUACACAAUACAUUGACAUGCUAAUGAAUAGAGGUUCGCCUUCUAUUCAACAUCACCGAUCCACCCAGUCAACCAUCAGUGUUAACGUUAAUAUCACCCUGUGAAAGUUAAAAAUCUAUUGGCGAUUUAUUUCGACACGUGCAUGUGUAACAUUUGUAGUAAAGACUUAUUUGAAUAACGCACAUCCCAGGAACGCACACAGGGACCAUGGUACAUAUUAUUAGAGACGUUAUUAAAAUAUCAUCUGUCUUAGUUGUAUUUAUGUACGGAGUUGCCGCAGAGCUAUGUCCAAACUCGUGUACGUGUUCUGAUGGAAACAUCGACUGCGGAAGUCAACAACUCACUGAAGUACCAAGACAUCUUCCAGCAAACACCACGUUGUUUAAUUUAUCAAAUAAUGCUAUUACAGUGUUGCUGGAUAACCAAUUUGCAGGUAUGCUAGAAUUGCAAAGUUUAUAUUUGGACAACAACGAAUUGGAGCACAUUGAAGCCACAUCAUUCCUUGGUUUGUCCAAUCUGGUAACAUUGCAUUUACAACACAAUAGAAUACAUUACAUCCUAAGUUCGUUCUUUAUUGGAACACCAAGCUUGCGUGAACUGAAUAUUCAAGGUAAUCUUCUGCGUAACUUACCGCCAUUGACAUUCUUAAGUAACGCAAGUGUUGACCUCACCGUGAAUCCGUGGACAUGUGACUGUCACAUGACAGAUUACAAGGAAUGGUUAGAGACGAUUCCGGAAUCUACCAAGACUAGUUUUGAUCUGUCGUGUCAGAAUCCAACACGACUAUCGGGACAAAGUUUAGACCACGUGGACAGUAGAAGUUUAGUUUGUCCUGCGCCUCCUGUUUUUUCCGAUAAAUUCAACUUGAUUGUAGUUGUGGAAGGCGAAAAUGCCGAAAUUGAGUGUGGACUCGAUGGUGGUCAUAUCGAUGAAAUAAUAUGGAUUUUACCCGACAAAAGUCUUAUGGUUGACGGCACUUACAGAGACAAUGUACUUUUGCUAAACCACGGCAGAACACUUGUUAUUGUGAGAGCAGAACAACAACUGAAUGGCGUAUACGUGUGCAUCGCUCAAAACGGAACUCAACAAAGGACAUUCGUGCACGGUGUAAAUGUGACCUCCGACAACGACGACACUUCGGGUGGCUCACGCGUCGUGAUAAAAGAAGUAUGUCGGAGUCAUGAAACCAGUAGCUAUAUCGGUGUCUUCUUGGGCGGAUUCCUGCUCGCUGUUGCGUUCGCCGCAUGCGCAUAUCCAAUCUUCAGAUACUGCCGGUCACGUGUCAGAAAGACGUUAGAGUUUCGAGAUAGUUCCAAUAGGCCACCGUACGUAUGUGAAAAUAAUGGAGUUAAUCUCCAAGACUUCCAUGCUGGUGAACAAGGAAUAUAAAUAUCUUUGGAAGUUAUCUGUACUUGACUUUGUUAUUAAACCAAAAUGUGA